UCAAAAAGAUAAAAAAGAAAGAAAGGAAUCAAUGGGAUGGGACCAGCUGAAGAUUAUGAAUUGCUGAUAAAACGUAGUUCAUUCUGUCGCGUCAUAUACAGACAAAAUAUCAUUUUGCGUUGGUCACUAUCGAAGCAGAUAAGAACGACAGAAUAUUAAGACUGAGAGGAACUAAUCCUAAAGCAAAGUGUGAGCACCGGCUGCAGUGGUACAGUCAUAACAAUGGCAACAGAAAAUUCAUUUCCCAGCGACCCAAAUCUCCUCCUAGAAUUUUGUGCAUCCUUAUUUGAUCUCAAUGGCUUCGAAAUACAGAAGAAAGUUAACAGAUAUCUACAAGACCGUACGGGAGCUGAAUUAGUGUUUCUGGUGCCUCUCCUGCCUGAGAAUGAAGAGGCUUUAGUUCAGGUCCUGGGCGAUAACCAGCUGGAUCAUGAACUGCGAUUUCCAGUACGGAAUAACAUUCUUCAUGUAGCAGUAAAAAGGAGGUGUUCGAUUACAGCCUCUUCCUCAGAGCUUGAUCCAGAACUUCACAACAUGCUAAAGAAUCUAGUAACACCAGACCCAACAUCGUUUCUGAUUGUACCAAUUUUCCAUGCAAAAGCAGAAACUGUCAGACUUCUGGCAUGCAUUGUUAAUUAUGGUGGAACAGAAGAAGCACAAGUAAAAUGUACUGUACUCGUCAGUGAAUGUUUCCGGUACUGCAUUGGGACCGUCUUGAAUGCUCUGGCAUAUGAAGAAGAAAAACGCCUGAAACUGCAGUGUCAGUCUUUGUUAUCAGUUGCAAAGAACUUAUUCUCACGUCUCGGGGAUUUUACUGAUCUGAUGCGAGAAAUUAUGGCAGAGGCCCGCACGCUGACAAAUGCUGAGAGGUGUUCCUUGUUUAUUGUUGAUCAGAACAGUGAUGAACUAGUUGCUAAAAUCUUUGAUGGAGAAGUCACUCCUCAUAUUCUAAAGGAAGUCCGAGUGCGCAAAGGCCAGGGUAUAGCUGGCUGGGUUGCUAAAACAGGAGAAGUUAUUAAUGUCAGAGAUGCUUACAGCCAUCCAUUAUUUUAUAGGGGAAUUGAUGAAGCUACAGGAUAUAGAACAAGGAACAUACUUUGCUUUCCUAUUCACCAUGAAAAUGUCAUAGUGGGAGUUGCCCAGAUGUGUAACAAGAGAAAUGGCUACUACUUUGAUGUGUUCGAUGAAGAAGUUGCAAUGGCAUUUAGUAUUUACUGUGGCAUAAGUAUUAUGCACAGCUUAGUGUAUAAGAAGAUACAGGAAGCACAGGCGAGGUACAAGAUGGCAAAUGAGCUUAUGAUGUAUCACAUGAAGGUGAAUGCAGAGGAUGUACAAAACUUACUUAAUUGCAAAGGAAGUCAUGACAACAAACUAUUAUUAAAUUGGUCUUUCUCCCCUCGCACAAUACCAGUUCCUGAAACAACGUGCUAUGUUUUCAAGUUUUUUGAAGAUUUGAAUUUGGUAAAUCACUUUCAAAUCGAUAAGGAGACUUUAUCACGAUUUAUUCUCCUCGUGAAGAAAGGAUAUCGGGACACACCAUAUCACAACUGGAUGCAUGCAUUCUCUGUGGCCCAUUUUGCCUUCCUUUUGGUUAAAAAUCUUGACCUAAUAAAUAAAUCAUAUAUAACGGCACUGGAAGGACUAGCAUUCAUUAUAUCAUGCUUGUGUCAUGAUUUGGACCAUCGCGGAACAAACAAUUCCUUUCAGACAGAGUCUGGAACAGUCUUAGCAAGUCUGUACAGUUCUGAGGGAUCUGUUAUGGAGAGACACCAUCUGGCACAGACUCUGUGCAUACUAAAUACAGAUGACUGUAACAUACUAGAUGGCCUUGACAGGAAUGAAUACACUACGUGUUUGGACAUUAUACGGGACAUAAUAUUAGCCACAGACUUGGCUCAUCACUUGAGAGUAUUGAAGGAGCAAAGAGUAAUGGUGUCCAAUGGGUUUGACAAAUCAAAUGACAGACAUCGGAAACUGCUGUUAUUUUUGCUGAUGACUGCUGCAGACCUCAGUGAUCAAACUAAGGACUGGCAGGUCUCCAGACAGAUAGCUGAACUUAUAUAUGAAGAAUUUUUUUCACAAGGUGAUCUAGAGAAAUCAAUGGGAAACAAGCCAUUGGAAAUGAUGGACAGGGAAAAUGCAAGGAUUCCAGAAUUACAAAUUCAGUUUCUGGAAGAUAUUGUUAUUCCCGUUUUUGAGCUCUUAUCAACUCUGUUCCCUGAAGCAAAAUGUUUGUAUGAUGCCAGCUGGACAAACAAACUGUAUUGGAUGCGUGCAUCUCAGGUGUUUGUUGACCAAAGGCUGAAAGGACAAACUUCAAUGGAAAUCCUCAGAGACCCAGACCUUGUUGCAAGUGUUCUUCGUAACUCUCCUCCAAAGUAAUUUGAUGCACAUUGUAGGAAUUUGCGUGAAGAUGCAAUUCCUUUUACUUAUUAAUUGGUUCAAAUAUACAUAUGUACCUGUAAUUAACUGUAGCAAUACUUUUGUUUUCAUGACAUGAAACUGCAUAAAAGAAUGUCUACUGCAAUGCCAAAAACUUAACGUCGUUGUUGAUGUCUGUGUGUAGUUGCUCACUUAACAAUUGUGAUAAUAUCUCAGUACAAAUAUUAAGUCAUUGUUGAUGAUAUAGUAUAUAAUGUUAACGGCAAUAAAGAAGUGGUGCUGACCAUUUUAUUUAGGUGUAGAAAUGCAGAAAAAAAUCUGCUGAUACUUCAGUAAAGUGAAUUUCAUUUUUAUGAGUUUAUAUUUAAGAAUUUAUAGAAAUAUUUGUACAUAAAUUUAUCUUUCAAUUACGUAUUUUUAGAAGUUAUUAUUUAUUGAUUCUAGUUUUUACUAGUUCUGCUGUUAUUACUAAUAACAAAUUUGUUGUCAGAUAUUUUUAAUGUGAUGUUAUAAAGUAUUGGCAACAGUUUUGAGUAAUAGUUUGUUGUUUGUCAACAACUGAUUAUCUUCUGAUGAUGUGCAUUUCUUCAAAGGUCUUAAUUACUGGUUAACUAUAUCAUUUUAAUUGAUUAUUUCAAAGAGAUAGAAAGUCUGGGCAAUAGAUACCAUUCCCAGUACUACCAACAGGACCACGUUAUAUAGAACUAGCUAGCUUCCAAAAUAAUAGUUUCAUUCCACAUCAGUGGGAGGGAAGAUUGAAAUAUGUUCAGAUAACUUGAAAACUGGGUUGUGUGAGGUGGGAGGAGGAAGGUAUGGAGACAAGUCACUCGUACCUUAGGUUGACAUAUACAGGCAAAGUGGAGGAAAGAAAAUUCAGUAUAAAGAGUUAGGUGACAAAGAAAGCACUGCCUAAAAUUCAGUUCACAGGAAGAGAAAAUGAAAACAGAAAGAAUAAUUUAAUUAAAGAAGAGAAAUGGAAAAGGAGAAACUAAUGUAACAAAUGAAGGUGCAUCAGGCCUUUUUGGGAGUAUUUAUUAAGUUGGCCAGAGGAAAAAUGUUUGUCUGGGAUUUUAACAAUUUUUAAAUUGAAUUUUUACUUUUAUAUAACUGAGUAUUUCUUACCAUAAGAAAUUUGGAAUUUUUGUUGUAUGGUCUUUCUGACAGGUAUCAACAAUACAAUUAAACUGUUUGGACAGUUGGAUGAUGAAUGUAGGCUGCUGUAUGGUACCAAAAUCUGAACACUAGCAUGUUGUAUCCAAUAUCAUACUUGUGCAAUUCUCUGCUCAGAGUAUACCAUAAUUUAAGAAUUAAGUGCCAGCUUUUCCUGUAAAACACUUAUUAGGCUUUUGAAUAUUAAUGUGCCAACCUCACUACUAGAAGUUUAUAUUGUUGAAUUAUUACUCAUUCCUAUUGUAUCUACUGGAUGUUGUCUGCACUCAAAGCACCAAUGUUUUUAUAUAAAAAUUAUGCACAUAUGUUUACAUAGAUGUAAUUGCUCGCCAACAGCCUAAGAAUCAGUAUGUGAUAUAAAGACUUCAGGACAAGAAAUAUAAUAUUCGCAAAUGA